AUGGGAUCCAACGUGGAGCUGGUAUGGCCAGAGGCAGAGGUAUAUUCGUCACGGGUGAACAACUGCUCACAUGCAAAUUCAUCUCUAGCUGCAAUUCGAGCGAAGUUGAGUGCGGAACAAUUAGAACAAUUCAAGACAUCAUGCUUUGGCCAUCUUCUGAAUAUAGAUAAGAUUCAGUUUAGCGGACAGAUUGUGCAUGGGGUUGUGUUGCGUAGAGUAGCGGGGCAGGGGCUUCGUUUUGGGGAAGUGCCUGAAGUUUCCAGUGGAGAGAGUAAUGAAAUCAGACUUCAUAAAAGAUAUUUUAUAGACGAAGGAAUUACAUGCAAUGCUUUAGAAGAAGCAUUUGUGAGGUGCACAGAGGAAGAUGACAUCUACAAGCUAGCUCUUGUUUACUUUGCUGAGUUAGUGGUUUUGGGAAGGGACAAACAUUUGAACAUCAAUCUAAAUUACCUGACCCUUGUAGAGGACUUGGAUGCGUUCAACAGGUAUCCGUGGGGUUCGGUGUCCUUUGACAAAACCCAAGACAGUCUAUUUUCUGCACCAACAAAGUAUGUGAAAAGCUUGGAAAAUGAAGAGGGAAGAGGGAAGGGGAAAAGUAAGGUAACGGGAACAAGCCGGAGAAAUGAGAAGGGCAAGAAGGAUAAGCAUGGUGAAGCGCAAAGGAGUGGCUGGAGUUUUAAAGGUUUCACGUAUGCUUUCCAGAUUUGGGUAUAUGAAUUAAUUCCUAGAAUGGCGGACCUGAAUUACUGCAAGGUUGUUGAUCCGACCGCUGUCCCGCGUAUUUUGCGAUGGAGAACUACUACGUCUGUUCCAGAGAUGAGAAAGUUGAACAAUUAUUUUUUCCAGAGCAAAGAGGUUUGGUUUGCAGCCCUUAGAACUAUUGAUAAGAUUGAAUGAAAUUAUGAAGUAGAAUGAUUUAAUAUGACUCUUGUCUGUAUUCUGAAACAGUCAGUUCAGUUGCGGGCGCUAUGUCCAAGUGAAGAGGAAAUGAGACAGCCAUAUUGGAGUUGGCCACAGGAUCGCCCUGCUGUUGUCUCGGCAGAGUCAAUUCCUUCUUCAUGUGGUGAUCUUGAUGAGUUGAACAAGGUGGUAAGCUUGUUGAGGUCCGAGUUGUUUCAAGUAAAGCGGGAAAAAGACGUCCUUCACUUAAAGGUCAUACGGAUGGAAAAACUGUUGGACCAAUGUUUAGGUCCUCAGUUUGAGCAGGAAGUAAGGAGGGACCUAGCUUUACUGAAACAGAGGACGAAUCGUUGUGUCGUCUCACAUCUAUUUAAGGGAUAUGGGGAAAUGGAUGACAUUCAAUGGGAUGAAGGGCCAAGUAACAGAAAUGAGGGAGAGGAAAAAGAAGAUGAAGGGAUUGAAGGGGGUGAAGGGCCAAAUAAUAGAAAUGAGGGAGCA